UAUCCAAGCCCAGUACCCCAGUAGCGAUCGAUAUGUUAGGCAUGCACAUCGUCACGUUAUCGCAUUAAAAUGUAUUAUAAAUUAAUAUUAUUUGCUACAUACAUAAUAGGAAUCAGUGGUAACAAACCAAUAGUGGAUACAACAAAUGGAAAAAUAUCAGGAAAAGUGCUAAAAACGCUAAUAAAAAAUGUUGAAUACAACGGCUUUAUGAGCAUACCCUACGCGGCACCGCCAUUGAAAGAUUUGAGGUUUAUGCCACCACAACCCGUCGAGCCUUGGACCGACGUCUUGUCCACAACAAAGGAUAAACCCGCCUGCUCGCAAAUAAACAACAACAUUAAAAAAGGCCAGCCUCUUGGUUACUAUGGGUCAGAGGACUGCCUGUAUCUAGAUGUUUUCACGCCAGCGUUAGACGAUAAAAAGCGCGCCGUCAUCGUGUUCAUUUUGAACGAUAAUUUUAUAAACUCGUACAACAAAACCAGAGACUAUGGACCCGAUUUCUUCAUUGAAGAAGAUGUAGUACUGGUUACAAUAAGUCACAGACUCGCGGUCUUUGGCUUUCUUUCGCUUGACGAAGAACUCCUACCGGGUAAUGCUGGAUUAAAAGACAUAGUAGCUGGAUUAGAAUGGGUAAGAGACAACAUAGCAAGAUUUGGUGGAGAUCCUGAAAAAGUAACUCUAAUGGGAUCCAAAGGAGGUGCAGCAGCUGUAGACUUGUUAAUGCAUUCAACUGCUAAAGGAUUAUUCAGCGCUGCUAUAUUACAAGGUGGUUCUUCGUGGAGCACGGCAUAUUUACAAGAAGGUUCCCGAGAGAGAGCGUUUAGUUUAGGAGAACUGCUAAACAGAACUGCUACAAAUGGCAUCAAACUGUUAAAAGAGCUGCAAGAUGUACCAGCUAUCGAUCUGCCUGUUAGAGAAAUGCAUGCGUGUCCAAAAGACUAUUUUAAAGAAACACAAAGAAGCAUCACAGCGUUUGGACCAAUUGUGGAAAAGGCUGGAAACGGACUUAUACCUGAAUAUCCUGAGAAAUCAAAAGAGAAGUUAAACAUUCCUGUAAUGUUAGGUUUCAAUUCCAGAGAGGGUAUGGAAUACUCUAUACAAUAUCUUGUAGAGCCGGCAUUUAUUACUUUUCUCAAUAAAGACUUCCCAUUUUUGCUGCCUAGGAGGAUGGACUUAAGAUUCGAUCCUGUAGAAGAUGGUUUCCUGAAUGCCGAGAAAGAACUGAAAAAAUAUUACUUCAAAAAUAAAAUAAACAUGAAGAGUAUUAAAGACUUCAUAACAUACACGGGCGAUACUUUAGUUGCUUACCCUGUGGACUACGCGGCCAAAACAUAUGCAGUUACUUCACAGAAACCCGUGUACUAUUACUUCUUUGACUAUUAUAGCGAUCUGAAUGACAACAAAAACGAUUUGAUGAAGCUAUCUCAGAUAGAAGAUGGCACUUGGGGAGCGGCUUCCGCUGACGAACUUUGCUACCUCUUUAAAUGCCCAGGUCUUAAGGAUAACUACAUAAAACACCAUGAAUCAACAUCAGAGGAAAGUAAAAUUCAAGCGAAACUAAUUAAACUGUGGACAAAUUUCGCUAAAUACAGGGAGCCGACACCAACCAGCGAUGAUUCACUGGACGGGGUCGUCUGGCCAAAAUACACUGUCGAAAAUAAGGAAUACCUCCAUAUAGACAAAGAAAUUGAAGUUAAACAAGACUUGUACGGCAAGACAUUUGAGUUUUGGAAUGAUUUCAUCGAAAGAUGGCAACGGGAAGCUGUGGAUGGAGUAGUCAAAAAGCCUAAACAAGUCAAAAAUGAGUUAUAACAAUUCAAAUAAAUUAAUUUGGAAGAAAA